CACCCACUCCAACCCCAUCCCCAUCCCCAUCUCUCUCUCUCUCUCUCUCUCUCUCUCACGCGCGCGCGCACACGCACACACUUCCGCUUCGCCUCUCUUGAUCUUGCGAAGCGGGAUCUCGGAUCGGAUCUCUGAUGGCGACGCGGGAGAGCUUCGUCUACAUCGCCAAGCUCGCGGAGCAAGCCGAGCGCUAUGAGGAGAUGGUGGACGCGAUGAAGAGCGUGGCGAAGCUCGACGUGGAGCUCACGGUGGAGGAGAGGAACCUGCUCUCGGUCGGGUACAAGAACGUGGUCGGGGCGCGGAGGGCGUCGUGGAGGAUCCUCUCCUUGACCGAGCAAACAGAGGAGGCGAAGGGGAACGAGCAGCACGUGAGGAAGAUCAAGGAGUACCGGCAGAAGGUGGAGUCGGAGCUCUCCAACAUCUGUGACGACAUCAUGACGGUGAUCGACGAGCACCUCAUCCCCUCGUCGACGGCAGUGGAGUCCUCCGUGUUCUACUACAAGAUGAAGGGCGAUUACUAUCGCUACAUGGCGGAGUUUAAGACUGGGACUGAGAGGAAAGAGGCUGCAGAGCAAUCUCUUAAAGCAUAUGAGACUGCUUCCAGCAUGGCAGAGGCAGAUCUCUCUCCCACACACCCAAUCAGAUUGGGUUUGGCUUUGAAUUUCUCUGUCUUCUACUAUGAGAUUAUGAACUCACCUGAAAGGGCUUGCCACCUAGCAAAGCAAGCUUUUGAUGAAGCCAUAUCCGAGCUUGAUACACUGAGUGAAGAAUCUUACAAAGAUAGCACAUUGAUCAUGCAACUUUUGAGGGAUAACCUCACCUUGUGGACCUCUGACAUCCCUGAGGAUGGAGAAGAGGCUCGGGAGAGCACGGGAAAGACUGGUGGAGCUGAAGAUGCUGAGUAAAUUUGCAGUGAUAUAAAGCAGCUAUGGGGUCUACAGUUAGAAGGAUAAGAUGCUGCAAAUGUUCAUCUUUGCCUUAUCUUGCGGGUUGCUUUGAUUAUUUAGCUUUAUUCACAUGCCUGUUGUAGUGUUCAGUUUAAUGUUGGAGUUGGAUCUCUCAUGGGUUGCAUUUGCAAUCGAUCCUUUUCAUGUGUCUUCGGUCAGAGAGAAAAUGUUGUUAUCAGAGUUAGGGAUUUAUCAUGCGUCCGGGAUGUUGUCUUGAACAAGUGAACUGCUCCAAUGUUAUUUUUCUUUUCAGUUUUUUGGCUUGCAUAGUAUAUUUUUAUUGUGCGAAAGAAGUCAUUGGAGAUUUUGUUAGAUGAAUAUGUAUGUUAUAUGCAAGUUUUACUC